AUUCGGAUGCUGAAUAAUUUUCCAAUAGCAUAUGUAUUUUUUUUUUUUAAUUAUUAUUUUAGUAAGGAAGAAGGAGGGGUCUCUCUCUGAAUCUGAGAAGAGAAGUCAUAAAGUCCCAAACAGAAAAAAUAAAAUCAUUGCCCAUUUCCAUUUUCUUAAUGGUCAAGAACCACUGCUCAUCAUUAUCAAUGCCACCCUUCUCUCAUUGAUUUCCUUCUUCUUCCCCGCCAUUCUUUUCUGUGUUUCAGCUCUCUUUUUCCCACACACACAUUCUCAUUUGGACCCUGCCUUGCCUGCUGCUGUGUUGUGUAAUUUACCACGCUCGAGAAUAUAAUCUUUCUUUGUCUUAAUGAGAUAGAGGUUUUGGAAGGAAUUAUUAAAUCAAGAGUGAACAUGGGUGAGAGCCAGAAGUUCCAGUUGGGCACUAUUGGGGCUUUGAGUUUGUCGGUGGUGUCUUCCGUUUCAAUUGUGAUUUGCAACAAGGCCCUCAUUAGUACUCUUGGUUUCACUUUUGCUACAACUUUGACAAGCUGGCAUCUUUUGGUCACAUUUUGCUCGCUUCACGUAGCACUAUGGAUGAAACUGUUUGAACAUAAGCCUUUUGAUGCAAGAGCUGUCAUGGGAUUUGGUGUACUAAAUGGAAUCUCCAUUGGACUUCUGAAUCUUAGCUUGGGUUUCAACUCUGUUGGUUUCUAUCAGAUGACAAAAUUGGCAAUCAUCCCCUGCACUGUUUUUUUAGAGACCAUAUUCUUUAGGAAGCAAUUCAGUAGGACCAUCCAGUUUUCACUUAUAAUCCUUCUUAUGGGGGUUGGGAUUGCUACAGUGACUGAUCUUCAGCUCAAUGCCCUGGGAUCCUUCUUGUCCCUGCUUGCAGUUCUUACAACUUGUGUUGCUCAGAUUAUGACAAACACUAUCCAGAAGAAGUUCAAAGUUUCUUCAACGCAACUUCUGUAUCAGUCUUGCCCCUAUCAAGCUAUGACUCUGUUCAUUAUUGGUCCAUUUCUAGAUGGGCUUUUGACCAAUCAAAAUGUAUUCGCUUUCAAUUACACCCCGCAAGUGUUGUUCUUCAUUGUUUUGUCCUGCCUGAUAUCGGUUUCCGUAAACUUCAGUACAUUUUUGGUUAUUGGAAAGACGUCUCCUGUUACCUAUCAGGUCCUUGGACAUCUAAAAACAUGUCUAGUUUUGACAUUCGGCUAUGUUCUACUUCGUGACCCAUUUAGCUGGCGCAACAUUCUGGGGAUCUUAGUUGCGGUAGUUGGAAUGGUACUCUAUUCUUACUAUUGCAAUCGUGAGAGCCAGCAGAAGGCCAGUGAAGCCCCAGUGCAGCUGUCCCAGCCAAAAGAAGUUGAAUCAGAUCCGUUGUUAAGUGUUGAAAAUGGAAACGGGAUUCAUGGCGAUGGUGGUCCAAAGUCUCCUGUGUGGAGUUCAAAUAAAGACCUGCACGCAUAAAAACGUAGUCUUUCAUAUGCCUUGAGUUGAGGUGAAAUUUAGCUGACAGAGCUGAUCCCGACAAUGAAGAUGUUGCGGGCAACUAGCAAGGGUUUUUGAUGUGGUUCGUUUCGAUAGUUAUAUGCAAUUGGAGGUUACACUUUGUACUGUAGAACUAGUCUUGAUAAUUGAAGAAUCUCCUCUCAUCUCUUCUCCUCCUCCAUUUUCCCAUUUUUCUUUUCACAUACAAGUUUUGGUUAUUAUUUUUUCUUCUUUUUUUUUUGUAUGAAUCAGAAUCAAACAUGGAAGAUGAGAUUUAUACCACAAUUUGGUAUUGCAAAAUGUAUACUGUUACCUUAUAGUACAAGGAUAUUCAUUAUUGUUCAUUAGUGAAA